CACAGCAAAACUAUUAAUUAAUUUCUUGAUUCCAUUGAGAGUACUAAUUAAUAAGAUGAAUAUAGAAAUUGAAGCAAUCUCCAAUGAGAUCAUCAAGCCAUCUUAUCCAACCCCAGACCAUCUUGGCCAUUACCAACUCUCUCUACUCGAUCAAUCGUCUCCCAAAUUCUACAACCCUGUGGUCUUUUAUUUCACCAUGAAUGAAACUAAGGCUAGAGAAGUACCUACAAGUACUAUUUCCAUCAUUCUAAAGAGAUCCUUAUCAGUCAUCUUAACCCAUUACUACCCAUUAGCUGGAAGACUCGAAAAACAAGCACAGUUCAUCAGCUGCAACGACGAAGGGGUUCCCUUCGUCGAGGCCCAAGUGAACGCACAACUUUCUCAAGUCAUAACGAAUCCAGUAGCUCAAGAACUCGACAUGUUCUGCCCAUUUGUAUCCCGUCACGACGAGAGCGACGACGCUCAUCAAAUUCUUCUUGGCAUCCAACUCAACAUGUUCAACUGUGGAGGAAUCGCCGUCGGUAUCAGCUGUUCAGAUAAGAUCGCCGAUGCAUUGUCGUGGACAAGGUUUUUCGGGACUUGGGCUUCCGUUGCACGAAGCCCUAAAACCAUUUUACCGAAAGCCCUUCGACCCGAAUUCGUUUCAGCAACUAUGUUCCCUCCCAGACCCCAACCUAUGAUCAACGCAGAGACUUGCGUCAUGAAAAAGGAUAUAGUGACCAAGAUUUUUGUUUUCAAUAGCUUCGCAAUAGAAGCCUUAAGAGCAAUCUAUUGCGACACCAAAAAUGGUCCAAACCACUUUCGGCCUUCGCGCGUUGAGACUCUAUCUACUUUCAUAAUAAGUAGGUAUGAGGCUGCAGUGUCAUCCUCAGCUAAAAUAAAAAGAAAUACAAAGGAAAGGGUUUAUACCAUUUUGCACACUGUGAAUCUUCACCCGAGGAUGGAUCCACCAUUGGCUUUAAACUCUUUCGGAAACUUUUUGGUGUUUGCUGGGACACAAGUUCCGGCCUCGAGCAUUAAUGGGGAAGCUUCCAUUAGCAGUGGGAUUGUGAAGAAGAUAAGAGAAGCUGUGAAGAAAGUGGACAAGGAGUAUCUGAGAAAACUUCAAAUGGGAGAAGAGGAUGAACAGUUGAGUAUGAUCGAAGAAGGUUCGAAGAGUAUAGAGAAGAGAGGAGGUGAGGUGAUUGAGUUUCAGGUUACUAGUUUGAGCAAAUUUCGUUAUUAUGAGUUACUUGAUUUUGGUUGGGGUAAGCCUGAUUGGUCUAGCAUAGCUGCUUGGAAUUUUGAUAAAAUCAUUGCUUUCCUUGACACGAGUGAUGGUGAUGGAAUUGAAGCUUAUGUUAGUUUGAAUGAGAAAGACAUGGCCAUAUUUGAAUCAGACAAGGAGCUUCUCAAAUAUACCAAUCCUAAUUAUUUUGGACCAGUUAAAUCCAAUCUCUGAUUAAAUAUUAUCUAUAUAUAUAAAUUAUUAUAUUUCAUCUUAAUUAUGCGUACUACAAAUAAUUAAUGCAAGUGAUGAUUUGGUUAUAAGUGUUGCUCUUGCUACGUGUGUGUGUAAUAUGUAAUCUCAUAAUAAUUCAACUUAUGUAUUUUGAGAUUUCUCUUGUAUACGAAGCGUUUUUUUUAAUAAAAGAGGCGUAUUUCGAG